AGUAAAGUCGGAAACACAAGUUGAACCGCAUCUCUUAUGUACCGUUAGUCAAACACCGUUACUCUGCUACCGAGCCGAAAGAAGGUAGCCAGACGAGGGAGAAACAAGAAAAUAUGGCGAAAACGUACGACUAUCUGUUCAAACUGCUGCUCAUCGGAGACAGCGGUGUGGGCAAGACCUGUCUGCUGUUUCGAUUCAGCGAGGACGCCUUCAACACCACUUUCAUCUCCACCAUAGGAAUUGACUUCAAAAUCAGAACAAUUGAGCUGGAUGGGAAAAAGAUCAAGCUUCAAAUCUGGGAUACGGCGGGACAGGAGAGGUUCAGAACCAUCACCACUGCAUAUUACAGAGGAGCAAUGGGAAUUAUGCUGGUGUAUGAUAUCACAAAUGAGAAAUCAUUUGACAACAUCAAGAACUGGAUCAGGAACAUUGAGGAGCAUGCAUCGUCAGAUGUGGAGCGAAUGAUAUUGGGUAACAAGUGUGACAUGAACGACAAGAGACAAGUUUCAAAAGAAAGAGGAGAGAAGCUAGCUAUUGAUUACGGAAUCAAGUUCUUGGAAACCAGUGCAAAAUCUAGCACAAAUGUUGAAGAGGCAUUUGUCACUCUUGCUAGAGACAUCAUGACGAGAUUAAACAGGAAAAUGAAUGAGAAUAACCCUUCAGGGGGAGGAGGAGGAGGAGCAGUAAAAAUCACAGAGAGUCGAUCCAAGAAGCCAAGCUUCUUCCGCUGCAUUCUGCUCUAACCCAGCAACUCCUGCAGCCUUAGUGUGAAUGAUUUCAUUUCUCUAUGCGUGUGUGUGUUUGUGUGAGAGUUUACAGUUCCACUGGACUUUCAGCUGUUAGCUGCUGCUGAGAGCUCUGGACUUCAGCCUGCCUCAUCCAUACAUACUGAAGGCUUGAAGACUGUGAGAUAAAGGACUGUUGAGCUGUUCCCAAAACAUUCCCUUUAAACCAAAAUAUUCAUAACCUCCAGUUUAGUGUAGCCCGAUUUUAAUUACUUUUAGUUGAUUACAUAUAGUCGGUUUAUAGUUCCAUUGAUUUCAAAGUGCUUUAUUCAACUAGAAUUUAAUGAAGAAAAAUGCGUGAAGAGAUUAAAGAAAUCGAACUCCUGCUCUAAUGCAGGUUUUGGCAAUAAAGACCUAAAGUAGCGACUGACGAGCCUAUUGGUUUGACAGUUAAGCGUUGGUCAAACUGAAGGACAUGCAAUAUAAAUAUAUAGUUUGUGUCAUUGUUAAACAUAUUUGUUUUGUUAUAUUUAAAGUCACUCCUUUAUCUACUUAAAGGGAUAGUUCACCAAAAAUUGAAGAAUUACACACCAUUUACUCACUCUAAAGUAGUUGCAAACCUUUAUGAGUACUGUGUAUGAAUAUCCUGUGAGCACAAAAGAAGAUAAUGUAAAGCUGAUAACAUUGAUGUACACAGCAGGAGAAACAAAUACAAUGGAAGUGAAUGGUUACAGGUUUGUCUUCUUUUGUGUUUUUACAUAAGGAAGAAACUCAAACAAGUAAAUGAGCACAGAACCUUCAGUUUUGGGUGAACUAUCCCUUUAAUUUCAUUUAUAGUUACUGACCCAAAGCUGCAAUAAAUUGUGGAAAUCAAAACUUCACAGGUUAUAGUCUUCCCCCUUACAUUUUAAUAUAGACCAAAGCUGUUAUUGGUAUUAACAGUAAAAAAAAAAAAA